CGGUACACUGAAGUUUGGGGGGACGCCAAGAUGGCACCUGGGCGGAUGUUGGCGGUUUUAGUUGUCCUGUUUGUGUGCUGCGGAAUCCCUUCUGAUGGGCAGAAGAAGAAAGAGACUCUGCUGUCUGAAAAAGUUGGGCAGAUGAUGGAAUGGGCAAACAGGCGAGCUGUAAUUCGGAUGAAUGGCGAAAAGUUUCGUCGAUUUGUGAAAGCUCCUCCAAGGAACUACUCUGUUAUUGUGAUGUUCACUGCCUUGCAGCCACAGCGCCAGUGCACUGUUUGCAAGCAAGUGGAUGAAGAAUACCAAAUUCUGGCUAACUCCUGGCGUUAUUCAAGCUCCUUCAUAAAUAAACUUUUCUUUGCUUUGGUGGACUUUGAUGAAGGAUCCGAUGUAUUUCACCAGCUCAAUAUGAAUUCCGCUCCAACGUUCAUGCAUUUUCCCGCUAAAGGAAAACCGAAGCGAGCAGACACUUAUGAGCUUCAAGUUCGGGGAUUUGCAGCUGAGCAGAUUGCACGAUGGAUUGCUGAUAGGACGGAGAUCAAUAUCAGAGUGAUUAGGCCUCCAAACUAUGCUGGUCCCUUGAUGCUGGGAUUUUUACUUGCUAUAAUUGGUGGACUUGUGUAUCUUAGGCGGAAUAACCUUGACUUCCUAUAUAACAAAAAUGGCUGGGCGUUUGUUGCUUUGUGUUUUGUACUUGCUAUGACCUCUGGCCAGAUGUGGAACCAUAUCCGGGGUCCCCCAUACGCACACAAGAACCCUCAUACUGGUCAAGUGAGUUACAUUCACGGAAACAGUCAAGCACAAUUUGUAGCUGAAACACACAUCGUUAUUUUGCUGAAUGCUGCUAUAACAUUAGGUAUGGUACUUCUUCACGAAGCAGCAACAUCUAAAAUGGAAAUAGGCAAAAGGAGAAUUUUGUGUGUGGCAGGACUAGGACUGGUUGGGUUUUUCUUCAGCCUGAUGUUGUCCAUUUUCAGAGCAAAGUACCAUGGAUAUCCAUACCGCUUUCUCAUUAGUUGAUCCUGGAGACAUAGACAGAAACUAGAAGGACGGCACCAUGGCUUGAGAAAUAUACACAAAAGAAUACAUGAAGUUAAGAGUUUCGUUGUGUUUCAGACUACCUUCCAAAGUUAUUGCAAUCAAGGUCUCUCAAAGGAAGACUUGAACCAAAGAGAGCCUACAGUGCCUUAGCAGAUUUUUAAGUUUACUGUCGGACCUGAAAAAUAUUUUUAAAAUGGAAGAGAUUUCAAGGUAUCCUGGGAAAAGUAGACAAUAAUUAAAAUUGUUUGCAAUUUUCAAAGAAGUAUGCCAAUUCUGUUGAUUGAUGAAAGUGCCUUAACCUGAAUCAUACAUCAAAACCGAAGGGCUGAUCUGCAUACUUGUAAAUUUAUACUAGCUGGUGUAAUGUGAUAUUGAAGUAUCAUUUUCAAUAGUUUGACCUAAAAUGCUACAUUCUAUUGUGUGCAUUGGGUCAUUUUCUUCAACAGAUACUGUGAAACUGGCUGUUGCAUUUUGCAUUUACAAUAGAGAGCUUGAUGACUGUGGUAUCAAUAACUGGGCGUAAAUAUUAGUCUGCAGUAACUUCUUUUGAAGUGCAUUGAAGCUUGUUUGAUCAUCUGGAAGUAUUUUAAGAUGUGAUUAUUGAUUCAAACUGUUCAUGAAGAAAGUUUGGUGCAAAAUAUGAAUGCAACUAAGUUUAAUUAAAUAAUUGGGAGUGCAUGGUGCCUUGGGUCCUAGGUUCAAAAUCAGAAAGCUGUAAGUUGAUUGAUUGAAAUGCAGUGUAGAAUGCUAGCUCAAUGCCUUAUUUUUAUAUUAAAUGUAAAUUGGAUGAAAAUUGAAUUAAAUAUUGCAACUAAUUGCACAGUUAGCAUUGAUGUCUGUUUUUAAAAUAUUCUGAAUGUAAUUUUGUGCACCAUUAAGGAAACAAAUAUUAAUCACAUUAAAUAACGUUGAUUUCCAAUAUUUCUGUUUCAGAUAAUAGUCUAAUACAAUUGCAGAGGUUAUACUGCUCCAGUUGUAGAUCAACAAAUCCUUAGUCAGAGCCCCUGGACGAGGAAACUUUUUGCCAGAGGAGUAACCAAUUUUGAUCACAAUUCAUUGAGCACAGCUACAAGUGGGUUUACGAAUGGAGUCUGACUGACUAAGCUAUGUAGGCCUUGUGUGUAAUAGCCUCCAAAUAGAUGUUUGGAAGUAUACCCAAGCAAGAUGUUGAUGCAGUUAGAGAAGUAAAGAGGAACAAUCAAGUGAGGAAAAAUUGGGUAACCAAACUUUUGAACAAGAAGUAAAGGAGGAAAUCUAUUCUACUUAAGCUGUAUGCUGCAUGUAGUUGUAAUUGCUUUCCCUUUUAUAACCAAACUCUUCAGUUCCCUCAAAGUUCGAAGACAAUUUAUAUUAUGUUUGAAAAACUAGUUUGUUGAUAACAUAUUUUGGCAAAUACUUUCUUGUUUAUAUUCAUUCAAUUUAUCAUGACAAAUACAUAACCAGAUGUCUUUUUCCUCAAGUAGGUUUUUAAUUAUCUAAUUUUUUGAGACACAAUGAAAAUGUAAUUGUGAGAGGUUAUCUAUUUGGGACCACAAGAGGAUAGACCAGGGUAAUUUGUAGAAAUUCAUUAUAGUGGAUGUCCAGAGAGACUUGGAAGUUCAGGUGCAUCUUUAAAAUGUUACAAACAGGUCAGGAAGUAAUAAAAUCUAAUGACAUGCUGGCCUUUAUAUCUAGAGGACAGGAGUAUCAGGGUGCAGACGUUAUGCUGCAACUAUACAAAUCCUGGUUAGAUUCUGCCUGGAGUACUGAGAGCAGAUCUGGUACCACAUCUUAGAAAGGAUAUAUUGGCUAAAGGGUCAUUUGAUCUAAGUCUUCAAGAUAUUAACAAGCCGGGAUAGGUAAAGAUCAACUAUUUCAUUGGUUGGAGAUUCUAGAACUAGAUUUAGGGGUAAUUAGUCUAAAUUGGGGCUAGAUCAUUCAGGACAGACGUUAAGAAACAUUAGUGUACGUGAAGGUUGGUAGAUAUUUGCAUCUACCUUUACUAGAUUAGUUGUUAAUUGAAAUUUGAGGAUUUUGUUUUGUUCAGCGAAGAUUUUAAUGGAUAGGGCCAUAGAUCAACCAUUAUUCCAUUGAAUGGUGGGGCAGACUCUGGACUAAAUGGUUUACUUCUGUUCCUAGUUCUUUGAAAACAAAUUCUAUAUCAUCGCAGUGAUUUGAGCAAAUUGACUGCAAGUCCUUUCUCAUGGGAAAGGAUAUGCACAUUGCAGUUAUGUGGUGAAUGUAGAACUUGAAUAGAAUUUUAUUUUUCCUUCCUCUUCAAAGGUUUUUUUUGCAUUUCUUUAAAUAGCAUCAUUUACAAUCUGUUACCUUCAGAAAAUUAUAAUACUAUGCUACCUAAAGCUGAAAAUGUAAGAAUGUGACUGCUAAUCUAUGGUUGCACAGUUCCAUACGCACAGUAGGCUAUUCCAUUGCAGAAACUAACAUAACUAAGUCAGUUAAAAUUUAUAUAUUCAUUUGGAGCAUUACUUACUAUAUUCUGAUCAGGAAUGAAAACACUGGUGAAUUUUCCUGAAUCAGAGGAUUACAUAGGUCAUUCUGAUCUAUGUCUGAGAUUCUUUAUCCUUGCAUUUGUAUCCAUGUCUCUUGAAGUGCAGAUGUCUAAUAUAGGUAAUGGCUGCAAAUUAUUUGUAAUUCCAGUGUCAAAAUCAACAUGAGAUUCUGUCUUGUUGCAGAUCUCAGUUGGAUUGGCAAUGAUUAAAUUACCAAUGCUGUUAGCUCCCCUAACCUUAAGAAGUGAAAGUAGUUAGGAUUCAUACUGUUUGAUACCCAACGGCAUUUGCUAUAAUUUGUGUAUAGCCAUUGGGUAAGGACCCAAUUAAGCUGAUAUUUACUGCAUCUUGUGUUUAAAAUUGCCCCUUCCCACAAAGAAUGACUUUGGUCAGAGGGCAUGGUAUUUAAGGAUGAGUGAACACUUUUUUUCAGAAAUUGAAAGUUUUUUUUGGCAUGGGUUUGUAUACAAGGAGUUCAAAAGGAGCAUUUGGGAGAUGAUCAUCAUUAUGUUACAACACCUUUUGUUUAGAAAUGGAGAGUGAUGACAAUAAAGGGCUUUUAUCCCUAUGUAACUCCUUUUGUAGCUUUUAGUGCCUGGUUUUAAAAAUGUUCUAAUAUAUCAACUUUUAUUGUUAUGAUUUGGUUUAUGUAUGCUUUCUGGCUUCUCGGUGGUAGUUUAUGGACAGUUUUGUUUUGUACAAUCUGCCCAUUAUUUCUAGUCUGUUAAACAAUUCAUGAAAUUAUAAAAAGGUAAAUGUUAGACUUGCAGGAAGUGUACACUGUUGACAAGAUUGUGAAUAGAUACCUAUGGCAUUAUGCAAUGUUGGAAGAUGCACUUGAUUUGUAAUGCCCCAACUAAAUAAAGUAUUUGAAACCAGGAAGUGUCACAGAAUUGAAGUGUGAUGCUUAUAGAAAGUACAUUAAGUGCCCUCCCCCCAGUUGUAACAUUCCUUUCCACUAUUACCAUAUCAUGCGCUCACACUGACAUGUCUCUGCCAUGGACACAUGCACAAUUUCCCCAUCAAUGCUAAAACACAUUACCCAAUCACAGUUGCCUCUUUAAUAAAAAGAACCUAAAACUAAAAUGAACAGUCAAUUAUCACUUUUUUUGGCUUGGAAGCCAAAAUUGACAGUCAUUGAAUUCAAUAUUCAAUGUAGUAAUGAUCACCGAUUUAUGUAAAUCAUGUACUGUGUAUCACUUGGCAAAAUAUCCUUAAUUCUAUUAAAUGACACAUUCUGAUAACUAUAAUAUUGCAGGAGCCAGCAGUGUAUAUAGUUACUUUAUAACUAAACAUUAAAUGUUGGACUAAUGUAGUCAUGGAGAUAUUUUUGAAUUGGUCAGUUUGUCUGAGAAAUUACCAGUUACUAAUUGUGAUAAUUGAAAACUGGAUAGUGCAAGCCUACUUUUCAAUUUUCUUAAAUAUCCACAGUAUCCUGUCAUCAAUUUCUUGUAUAUUUAAAUCUGUUUUUACAUAAGCUAAUUGAAAAUGAGAUUCGUUAUGCUGUCUGGAUUUGUAUGGAGCACAUGGCUCUAUCUGUUGUCAUGAUGAUACUAUCUUGCUAGCAAAUAAAUAUGAAGCUUUCUUGCAAUGCACUAAAAUAAUGCUGGAAGUUAACCCAGUGUACCCACUACUAUAAAAUAUUCAUAAAACAAGGAACCAGAUCAAAUUCAGAUUUGUUGCUUUUAGAGUACUGUCCAGGUUCAUGAGAACAAAUAGAAUGCAUACUGGAUUCAGAUUGAUUCCAGCUUUGGUAAAAUGUGUUCUGCAUUUCAGAAGAUUUUUUUUUGUGCUGUGAAUCAGAUCAUGGAAUAUUUUUCUAAUAUUGUGUAGUAUUUCUUCCUUUUUUUCAGCAUUGUGUUUUUGGCUUACCUAUGUAGCCUUGGCUUUAGCACAUGAAUUAUUUUAACUCAAUAUCUUAGUCUAGGUUUGCCUUGAAAGAUUGAAGCAAUAUUUGUUUUACCAAUACACUGUCAAAAGCCCAUAUUUUCUCAAUUUAAAAUGACAGCAUGUUUUGUGUAUAUUAGCUUUGUAAUUAUGCUACAACAAUACCUUCACUGAAGAAGUGGUUGCUUCAUAUGGUACUAUAUUGUAAUACCUCACUUCACAUUACAGACAGUGUUUUCCAUUUGUUUACCCAAGUAACUGCUUAAUUACUAAUUUGGCAGGUCACUUUUUAUACAAUUCAGAGACCAUUUGCAGAGUUAACUUUCUAUUUAUUAUCAUAUUAAGAUAAUUGAAAAUGAGGAACAGUAAUGGGAUUUAAAUUGUUCUCCGGGAUUUCAUUCAUACCUCAGACCAACCUGAGAAGUACUCCUAGCAUAUUGUCAAUAUUUCUCCAUCUACGUUGUAAUGUCCCUUCCAUGUGUCCUGUGAGGUGCAUAAGGUUCUGUUGUUUUUAGAAUGAAUAUUUCAGUAGAAUCUAUAUUCAGUUUAUUGCAGUUAUAUAUUCUAAUUUCAUCAGAAUAUUCAGUCCUAUUUACAAAGGUACUGGUCUCUGAAUUGGCUUGUGAAAGGUGACAUUUUUGAACGAUAAAAGUGGUAACCAGGCCUUUAGUUAAACAGCCUGAAGCAAGUUUGACUUUGAUUCUGAUUUUUUUUUUGAAAAACUGUACACUGAGCUUUUACUCUGAAUAAAAUGCCUCUCAUCA